AUGAGUUCUUACUUUGUAAACUCGUUCUCAGGACGCUAUCCUAAUGCCCCAGACUAUCAGCUGUUAAAUUAUGGGACCGGCAGUUCCAUGAACGGAUCUUAUAGAGAUCCAGGCAACAUGCACGCCGGCGCUUACGCUGGGUACAACUACAAUGGGAUGGAUCUGAGCAUCAGCCGGUCGACCUCCUCCGCCACUCACUUUGGAACGGUCGGGGAGAGCUCCCGCGCCUUCCCUGCCCAGGCAGCGCCAGAAAGCAGGUUCAGGCAGGCGUCUAGCUGCUCCUUGUCCUCUCCCGAGUCCCUCCCUUGCAGCAGCAGCACCAGCACCGGCACCGGCGGCAGCGGCGGCGGCGGCGGCGGCAGUGGCGGCGGCGGCGGCGGCGGCGAGAACCAUGGAGGCAAAGCCGCCUCGACUUCCCCCGCCGACCAGGCAGCCUCGGUCGGCGCGGGCAGCGCCGCCAAUUUUACAGAGAUAGACGAAACCAGCGCGUCCUCGGGAACCGAAGAGAGCAGCUCCCAAGUCAACAGCAACGGCGCCAGAGCGCAGGCAGAGCCCAUCGCCACGUCCACGCCGGCCACGGAGGGACAGAGCCCGCAGAUUUUCCCGUGGAUGCGGAAACUUCACAUUAGCCAUGAUAUGACUGGACCGGAUGGUAAACGAGCCCGAACAGCGUACACGCGCUACCAGACCCUGGAACUGGAGAAGGAGUUUCACUUUAAUCGCUACCUCACCCGCAGAAGGCGAAUAGAAAUCGCCCACGCGCUGUGUCUCUCCGAAAGACAGAUAAAAAUCUGGUUCCAAAACCGGCGCAUGAAGUGGAAGAAAGAUAACAAACUGAAAAGUAUGAGUUUAGCGUCUGGUGGCAGCGCUUUCCAGCCAUAA